GUGCAAAACCACCUUUACCUUUCGCGCAACCGUGCUCAAUGCACUGUCUCUUACGUCACAAUCGGGUGAAGUCGAUCUUUUACGUGUCCAUUUCUUUGGCCUCCUCGUUCCCGAUAACUUGAUUUUGGCGCUGUUCUGCUCUGCCUGUUCGUUGGUCGUUGGUAAGUCGGGUUGGUGAUAGUGCAGUUUCUUCUGUGCAAAAUCUGAUUUUUCCUUUCUAAGCUUUAGGAUACAAAAAAUAAACACAAACAUGUUCGCCUGUGCUAGAUUGAUUGCCCCUGCCACCAGAAGCGCACUUGUUGCCAGCUCGAAGCAAUACCUGAGGCCACUGAGCAGUGCCGUAUGUCAACAGACGCAGGGUAGCCAAAGAAGUCAGAGCCUCAUUGAGUCCGUACAGAACAGACCAGCAUUGAUGCCAGCCAUCCGUUCUUUCCACGCCACACAACCCACCAGAGAUAUCGACUCUGCAGCUAAAUUCAUUGGCGCUGGCGCCGCCACAGUAGGAGUUGCUGGUUCAGGUAGGUUUGAAUACAGGAAAAGUAAAAGUUGUUGAGAUAUAGAGGUUUCUAGAAAGUUGUCUCGAAGAUAGUUGACAGUCCAAAAUCAAUUUUUUAUCAAAUCGGCGGGCACACAACUUGCAACAAAAGCAGCAUUAAAAUUGGACUGUACUUUGAUUCCAUACUGAGUGCCAAAUAUGGAAUUGUGGAUUCAUCAGCUUGCCAGUCAAGCAUUUUGAAUAUUAAAUUCGAGCUUUCUGAUUGCAUAGUCGAAUUUUUAGACAUACCUAUAAUGCUUAUAUAAAAUAAGUGAGAAACUCAAACUUGAUUAGGAAUUGACAAAAUUUUGCAAAGUGUAUUCUUUGAACUUUAUUCUUGAUCUUUUGAUCUAUGUUAUCAUCCUAAGGAGCAAAGUAAUUGAGAUUAUUGCUAAAUGCUCUUAACUAAGUUAAUGAGAACCUCAGCAAAGCGAUGAGAACUGGAUCCAUAUCAAUACUUGUUAAAAAUUUUUUUAAAAUUCUCAUAGCUAUAUGUCAAGAACACCACAAUGGACUUCAAAACUUUUUUAAAAUGUAUCAAUAAUCACUCUGACUUUCACAUUGUGAAGCAAAUUUCACGAUUUUACAUCAAAGUUUGAGUUUCUCAUCUAAUUAGUGGUUGAUGACAAUGACUAUGGCUUACAUAAAAUAAAAUAUAUAUGUAGAAAACCGCAGAUUUCAAUUCAUAAACUAUAAUGAGGAAAUUUCUCAAAUUUUCUUUGACAAGAAUUUUACCAAGGUGCUCUCAUUCAAAAACCCAGUUUUGGUAUAUCAAUUUGACAUGUUAUAUGGGUGGUAAAACUUGAGGUUAAUCUCCUGAAUCGAGUUUGACAAUUCGACAAUAAAAUUGAUUUCAUCAAUGACAUUCACUUCACAAAAAUGGCAGUCACCUAGAAACAUAAAUCACAUAAAUUGAGAUCAAGCUCAAUUUCAUGAAGUCUGGUCUAAUAAUGCGAUGCAUUCAGUCCAGCGGAAUCGUCCUUUUAUCCAUUAUUUGAAUUCCUUCCUCGAUUUUUUUAUCGAUUUCAGUGCCAUUAGAAAAAGAAAAACUUGACAGGAACUUAAUGAGAGGACAAAAGAAUGAUGUAACCUAUUGCAAUAUUUCAGCGAUAAAAGUUUGAUUAUAUGAAUUAACUAGAUCUGAUAAGGUCAAAAUUGAGAGUACAUUAAUCAUGAAUAAACGAGAUAUUGUUAAU